UGCUGGGGCAGAGGAUAAUCCUGAGCUGUAGGAACCAGUACGGAGAACUGAAGAGUUGCGGCGUGAGGCCUACUACACUGGUGUGAGAACGGGUGGUUGAGAAGGCCACGGGACUGGGUUACCUCUGCCAUGUUCUGCAAUAGAGCCACGGAGAUGGUCCGCGAGUUGCACCGCGCACCCCAUGGGCAGCUGCUGGCAUUUGAUGAGGAUGGACUCAGGCAGAUUCUGGAGGAGAUGAAAACUUUAUAUGAACAAAACCAGUCUGAUGUGAAUGAAGCAAAGUCAGGUGGACGAAGUGAUUUGAUACCAACCAUCAAAUUUCGACACUGUUCUUUGCUAAGAAACCGACGCUGCACUAUAGCAUACCUGUAUGACCGAUUGCUUCGAAUUAGAGCACUGAGGUGGGAAUAUGGUAGUGUUUUGCCAAAUGUUUUACAAUUUCACAUGUCUGCUGAAGAAAUGGAAUGGUUCAAUCAUUAUAAAAAGUCCCUUGCUACUUAUAUGAGAUCAUUGGGAGGAGAUGAAGGUUUAGAUAUUACACAGGAUAUGAAACCUCCCAAAAGCCUAUAUAUUGAAGUACGAUGUCUAAAAGACUUUGGAGAAUUUGAAGUUGAUGAUGGUACAUCAGUGCUAUUAAAAAAAAAUAGCCAGCACUUUCUACCUCGGGGGAAGUGUGAGCAGCUGAUUAGACAAGGCGUUCUGGAGCACGUUCUGUGGUAACCUCAUAUUGAGGUCACCCUGCCAAGCUUCUCAGUGGUAUGAGGCUGAAUCCCUCCACACAAACUUCUACACUUCCUUCUCCACCCUGCCUUGUCCCAUCCUUUUUGGUUUUAAAUGUUAUAGACAUUCUUUAAUGUAACCAGAAUACUUGGCUAAGAAUGGUCUGUUUUUCUAUUGUAUAGGAUUCUUCCUCUUUUUUGUAAUCAGCAUCUAUAAUUAUAACAUUCCUAUAGUUACUACAGUAUGUGUGUUUUUUCAGUGAAAGUAAAUAUUUAUUACCAUACAUAUGAAUCUUUUAAACAAUAAGAGGGUUACACUUGGCUAUUGCAGGGAGAAAGAAGGUCCCUGUGCAUUUUGUGUUGUUUCUGGUAGUGUGCAUUGUGUAAGCCAAGGAGCUGAAUUCCUGGAGUGUGUGUUCCCAAAUCACAUGGGCAAGUGGAGAUGAUGGUCUAUAAAAGUUUUCAGUAUAUAUAAUGCUUAAUGACAAUUGCUGGGCUAUUUGUGAAGAAAAAGGAAAGACACAAUGAACCAGCCCAUUUCUAACAGUGGUGGCUUGCCUGGCUCUUGCCUGUCUGUGAGAGUACCAGUAUCACCACUUUGGAAAGGGAAAUAGAAAUCGGGGCUAGAAAAGAAACUCUAUAGUUUCCCCCAGAUUCCCAUUGACAGAAAAGUCACAUGAACAGUUGGUCAACUAAGUGAAGUGCAGUUUUUAUUGUUUGAGAACUAUGAGUGGUAGGAGUUGGAGAGGCACAGAGUGAAUCUUCACUGCUUGGUGAUCAGUAGCCUUUCCCUACUCUUAGUCCCCUCCCUUACCAGCCUAGGAAUCUGAAGGAGACAUUAAAAUAUAAAAGAUUAGAUAAGCCUGGUACCUCGUACAUACUAUACACACAGCUUUGUUUUUAUAUAGGGGAAUGUUUCUGGCCAAAAUCAAGUUAUAGAGAGGCUUUACCUAGGACGUGGAUCUGUAUGUUUUAGGGUGCCCUGUGCAGAUUAUUUUCAUAAUUUAAAAUGAUUUCUCCCCUUAAUUUUGGUAGCCAGCUCAUAUUUUCAUUUAUAUCUCUGCUGAUAAACAGUGAAUGAGAUUGAUGAUGUUUAUAUGUUAAUUGUGGGUUUGCAGUCACUUUCCUCCUUUAUAUUUACACCCAGAGCACAUGGAAUCAUGCACACUGGUGAGCCCUAAAAUCCAUGUAAGUCAGCUGUGAGGAUAAAGAGCUAUGAAGACCAUUACCAUGUUGCCAGCCCUCCAUUACAUCGGAACUUAAAUGAUACAAUGUUCUUUUGUGUUUAAGUCCCCAAAUAAAAUGAUAAGAUAUAUCCCAUAUGUGAAAUGAAUAUAUAAUAUUUGAAAAUUUGAAAUUUUAUUGACUGUACUUAGGAUUUUGGCUAGAACUUUAAAGGUAAUACUUGUAUAUGUAUAGGUUUAAAAGUUAAAAAAUAAAUAAUGUAGAAAAUGAAAGUUCUCCUUUUGUCUCCUAAAUAUCACAAUCCCAUGUGAUCACUGUUAGAUAGUUACACAUGUAAAGUACACCAUUUCUUUUUAGUGGUUUCCCAGUUAUUUUCUACUUUUUGUUCCUAGUGUGAAUGAAUUCUUUUUUCUAUUAUUUAACUGGCUUUGGCUGAUAUAUGUACAAAAGUUGUAAAUUAUGAUGGCUUGGCUACAUUUUGAUAUUUAUAUAAACUCAUUUCUUUUUCAUAUUGAUUUUGUUGUCUAGAACUUUUUUUUUAUUGGUUUGGAACUUUUGGGAAAAUGUUGACUGCUGCUGAUAAUAUGUGGCGCUUAUCUUUUUUAUGGCCUUAUUGGAAGCCACAGUGUCUUUUCUCAUUCUCCUUUCUCAUACUUCUCCAGGAAAAAUACCAAAGCUUAUGGCCUCUGUCAC